UGUUUUCAUUGGCUCCCGACAGGAUGUUUUGACACUUUACUUCCUGGUGAGCGCCAACGAGCUGUAGUCGCGUGUGCAGGUCUGUCAACAAAGUAAGUUGUUUCAGUAACGGCCACUUUUCCAGAUUUUAAGUCCUUUUUUUUUAGAUAACCGCUGCUAAGAAUGCUUUAGCUAACCGACCGAGGGGCAUUAAUUUCGGCUCCACCGGCUGUCCGCAGCGGCGUGUGGCUAAAGCCGUGAUCAGCAGCCGGAGUUUCUGUCGGUUUUUGUUAAGUUUUCCUCCUUUUUACUCCUCUUUCCAUCAAGAUAUCGAGGUUACUAUGGCCGACCUUGCCGGGGUGAAGAGCAGCCAGCCUCCGGGAGGAGAGGAUCGGGGCGGAGGGGAAGGUGGAGGCCCGGAGAGGGGCUCUGGAGGCGGGUUGACCGAAGCCCAGCUGGCGGUGAUGGAGCGAUGCCUCCAUGCCCUGAAACACGCGAAAAACGACAGUCACACGCUGGCUGCUCUGCUGCUGGUAACUCGGCUCUGCCCGGCCAGCCAGCUGGACCAGCCCACCCUGCAGCGGCUCUUCCAGGCCGUGGGUCUGAACCUUCCGGCCCGGCUCCUGAUGACGGCGGUCCGAGGCAGUGACAGCUCAGUGUUACCCCCAGAACAGCUGCUGUCUCUGGGCACGGCUCUGCUGGCCGCCCUGAGCACCGACCCAGACAUGGCCUCCCACCCCCAGCUGCUCUCCACCGUCCCCCUGCUGCUGGGCAUCUUAGCCAACGGCCUGGAGAACCAGCAGAACCAGGACCGGGCCGGGCAGAGUCCGGAGAAGAAAGCAGCUGAUGUCUCAAACGUGGAUCCGGUCGGGGAGACCAGCAAGCAGAAAGAUGACGAUGCAACCAGAACGUCUCCAGAAGCGUCCUCCAGGCUGGACGAGGCCAUGGCUGCAGACUGCUACCAGGUUCUGACGGCGGUUUGUGGGCUCCCCAGAGGUCCAGACCAGCUCCUGAGCCGAGCUGCUGUCCCGGCUCUGUGCCAGGCGGUGGAACAGAACCAGACUCUGAGCCGGGGGAGGGGGCUGGCCCUGCUCGGCCGCCUCCUGUCCGGUAAAACCAGAACCAAAGCGUGGAGCAGACACUCUGCACAACUCCUGGCUCUGCUGGUCCGACUCUCCAAAGACUUCUGCCAGUCGUCAGACCAGAACCGGCUCGGUAUGUGUUCCCAGCUGGUCCAGUUCCUGCCCCCUGCUGGGAUGGCGGCCCAGAGCGAGGACCUGAAGGGGGCGGUGAGCCGGGUCUGGGCAGCGCUGAGGCCCGUGAUGCAGGCCAAGCUAACGCCCAAACAGAUCGGACCGGUCCUGGUCCUCAGCGCCUGUCUGCUGGACCUGCAGGGCUGGGAGCUGGUGGGACCCCCCAAGUUCUGCUGCCUGCUGGUGAACCGGGCCUGUGUGGAGGUCCGGAUGGGUCUAGAAGAACCACCAGGGAGUGAUGUGAGCCCAGAGCUGCAGCAAACUCUGACAGGUUGUUACCGGAUCAUGGAGGCGUCCAUAGAGCAGGCGUGUCUGCAGACGUCUCCUCAGAUCUCCGUGUCUGGUCUCAGUCUGCAGCAGAGCCGUCAGGUUCUGGGGGUUCUGGAGGAGGCCUUCUCUGCUCUCAUGUUCUACCUGCAGCAGGUGGAUCCGAGUCGCUAUGACGACCCGUUCGUCUUCGCCACCUUCCGCUGUCUGUGCUCGUGGUUGGCCGAGGAGACUUCCUGUCUGAGGGAGGAAGUGACCAAACUGCUCCCGUUUCUGAUCAGCUACAGCCGGAAACACCUGCAGGAAGACGGCUCUGAGCAGAACCUCCAGCACUGGAGCAGCGAGGAGAACGAAGCCUGGACGGGCAGCGAGCCUCUGAGGUAUCUCCUCCCAGCUCUGUGCCACCUGUCGGCAGAAGAAGGUCCAAGGAAGGUUCUGCUCGGCCUGGACGCUCCGGCGCUGCUGGUGGACUUCCUGUCCCGGUGCUGGACCUCCAUGAAGGAGAAAGGAGCGGCGACGAUGGCCAGAGAUCCCAGCAUGGAGACGGCCUGCUCAGCCCUCCUGAACUUCACCGUGACGGAGCCGGAGAGAGUCGGGAAGGACUCCUGUUUCAGAACCCUGGAGGUCCUACUGAGUGAAGCACUUCCUGUUUUGGUGAAUAAGCCCCGCCUCCUGGUCCUGGCAGCCAAUUACUGCACUCUGGGACUCAUGAUUGGCCGGCUGAAGUCGUCUCCUUCAGGCUCGGUGGAAGCUGCUCAGCGGCGUUUCUUCUCUGCAGCUCUCCGGUUCCUCCGCGGCGCCCUGGACUCCGGCUCCGGCCCGGUGAAGGUGAGCCCCGGCUGGGAGCAGAGCUGGGACGAGGCGGCCGAGCUCUGGAGGUUGAGUCUCCAGGCUCUGGGAGGCUGCGUCCGGGUCCAGCCGUCCGUCUGCGGCCUGAUCCGGGAGGAGGGAUGGCUCAGACACACCCUCAGCAUGCUGGGUCAGGCCGGCGCUCUGCCGGACCGACACACCGAGGAGGUUCUGGAGGAGGCUCUGAGUGCCGUCGCCCAGCAGUGUCCGGUCUGUCAGCAGGAGAUCAGAGACGUGAUGGAGAGCAGCCACAGAGGAGCUCUGAGCAGGAUGAGGAACCUGGAGAAGUCCCUGAAGUGAAGCUGCUCUCUGAAGGAGUUCUCACUGAGAAACAGUAAAACGGAGCCAGACUGUGUUUAUUCUGAACCUGACAUGGAUAAUGUGUUGCUUUUUGUUUUUAUGAUCAAGUUUAAUCAGAAAAUGAGACAAAGUAUGUGUUUUUGUGUGAAUGUUCCCUAAUAAUGCGACUGAACCUUUUUAGCUUUCUUCAGUCUGCAUCCAGUAAACCUGCAGAGAACACCUGAGUGCUGGAAUGUAAAGGCCUUCAAUAAAGAACUAUUUUGGUAGAGAACGGUCACUCUCUGUUUUAGCAGCAUCCAGACAUUUUCCAGCAGCAGAAUCAACCUGAAAGAGUCUGCAGCAGCUCCAGCUGAUGGAGCUAAAAGGAGCUUCACUUCAUGGAAUCCUCUUCCCCUCAGUCACCAGCAGAGGGCGCGCACAGACUGAGGAAGUUCUGGGUGAAGGUUCACUCUGUCCACAUUUCUGAGAGUUUAAUGUGUUUUUAUUUGUAUCCUAAGUGAACGAGAUUAGUCAUUAAGUUCCACAGGAGAAAAACAAAGUCAUGACAUUUUUCACAACAAGGAAAUACGGAGUUAUUAAAUCAGUUUUAAUCACAGAA